CAUAGGCCGUGCAAGUAAAACAUUAAAACCAUUAUUCUGUCAAACACGUUGACACUAUUUAAACUUAACAUUCAAAUCAGUUUUAUUGGCAAAAGGAAUACGAAUAUUGUUUUUAAGGUCGAGUCACUGUUAACAAAAAUGUUCGUCAAAUGUUGUUGGCUCUUCUGUAGAAAUUGUCGUCAGUACUUAAACCUACUUAACCUACAUGUUUUAUUUAAGUAUAGCUAAACCAUGCAUGAAAACCACAUGUUCAAUUGUAAUUGGAAAAUAGGUCAAAGGGUUUACGAUGCAUAAAGUUAUUCUAAUUUCAUAACAACUUAUUUUAAAGAUCGCAGCUGUCCAGUUGGAAUGGUAAAAUGUGAAGAUAAGGUUCAGUGUAUUUAUGAAAUGCAGUUAUGUAGUGAAUAUCCUGACUGCAGAGAUAACUCGGAUGAAAGUCCAAAGAUUUGUACAAAAGACAGAACCUGCCCUACUGGAAUGUCUAGAUGUUCUGAAAAUGAUCCGAUGUGCAUAUAUGAUAGUUGGUUCUGCAACAACCAACCAGAAUGCAAACACAGAGAGGAUGAAAGUCCGAACAGUUGCUUUAAUCGUCCAAAAGGGUCCAUUGACUUGCAGUGGCUGAAAUAGCUAGUAGUUUGAUUAGAUUUCUAGUAAAACCAUCUUGCUUUGACCAUACGACAAAGAAUAAAAAUUAACUUAUGUUAAACAUA